AUGAUUGCCUCAACUCUCUCCACUCGCUUUAACAUCAAGCUGCCUAAUCCCCAACAAGCAUUUACACCCUCCAGCAGCCUGGAAGCUAUGUCAGUAAAACCCAGAAGAAAAAACUCUUCCUUUUCAGCAAAGUUUCGUCAUUUGCAUCAUUACCAUCAUCUUUGGAGCAGUUUCUUCAAACCCAACUCGUGUUCCGUCCGUACGGUCCUCAGCAAAGUCAGUGGUGAUGGUGGUAUGGUUGAUGCCACUCCGCAGGAGCCUGCUGCAGUUUCUGAUGCUGAAGAAAUAAACAGUAGUUCUUCUACUUUAGGUGACAACUAUGUGGCCCUAUUUGUACGGAUGCUUGGGCUGGACCAUGAUCCUCUUGACCGAGAACAGGCAGUAAUGGCACUAUGGAAAUAUUCACUAGGUGGAAAGAAGUGCAUUGAUGCCAUUAUGCAGUUUCAGGGUUGCGUAAACUUAACUGUAAACCUUCUUAGCUCUGAAUCUAGUGCUACAUGUGAAGCAGCUGCUGGUCUUCUACGAUCGAUAUCUUCAAUCAAUUUAUACAGAGGUUUAGUAGCAGAAAGUGGAGCAAUAGAAGAGAUAACUGGUUUGCUGAGUCGACCUUCCUUGACUUCUGAGGUUAAGGAGCAAAGUAUGUGUGCUUUGUGGAACUUGUCUGUGGAUCAGAAACUCCGAGUGAAAAUUGCAAAUAUAGAUAUCCUACCAUUGCUAAUCAAUUGUCUAGAUGAUAAUGACAUAAAAGUGAAGGAAGCAGCUGGUGGAGUUUUGGCAAAUUUGGCCUUGAGCAAUUGUAAUCACAAGAUACUGGUUGAAGCUGGUGUCAUCCCAAAACUGGCAAAGCUCUUAAAAAUUGAUGUGGAAGGAUCUAAAGUGAUUUUGAAGGAAGCUAGAAAUGCAUUGUUGGAACUUGCUAAGGACCCUUAUUAUAGAAUUCUUGUCAUAGAGGAAGGUCUGGUUCCUGUGCCCAUGGUUGGUGCUGAUGCAUACAAGUCUUUCAGGCCACAACUAUAUUCAUGGCCUACUAUGCCAGAUGGUACAGAGAUUGAGCAGACUUCAAAAGGUCCUUCCAGGUUUGGUGCCUCUGAAUUGCUUCUUGGGUUAAAUGUUGACAAGAAUGUUGACAUUGAGGAAGCUAAAAUGAAUGCGAUAGUUGGACGGACACAGCAACAGUUUCUUGCUCGUAUAGGGGCUAUUGAAUUGAAUGAUGGAAAAAAAUCUCAGACUGAAUUCCCCACUGAUCAGCGACUUACUCUUCUCCCAUGGGUGGAUGGUGUGGCUCGAUUAGUUUUGAUUCUUGGGCUUGAUGAUGAGGUUGCCUUGUCAAGGGCUGCAGAGUCAAUUGCUGAUUCAUCUAUCAAUGAACAUAUGCGGACUUCAUUCAAGGAAGCUGGUGCCAUCAAGCAUUUGAUCAAGCUUUUAGACCACAACAGUGGUACUGUCAGAUCAGCUGUGAUCCACGCUAUGGAGAGGUUGUCUGUCAGCUCUGGUGUUUGUCAGGUACUUGAAACUGAAGGUAUUUUACAUCCUUUAGUCAGUAUGCUGAAGCACUCGGAGAUCUCUGAAAGCUUGAUGGAAAAGACCUUGGAUAUACUUGCUAGGAUUUUAGACCCUAGUAGAGAAAUGAAAUCAAAGUUCUAUGAUGGACCAGUUAAUGGUUCAAAACAAGGUCUAGAUGCUUCAAGGAGGCUUGAUGCUUCUGUUGGAUUGACUGGAGACAGGCCUGUGUCAAUAAUGGAAUCCAGGAAAGAAUUGCUCGACUCUGCUGUCAUUACUCGCCUUAUUGAGAUUCUGAAGACAUCAUCGUCAAACCUGCAAAGAAAGACAGCAUCUAUCUUGGAAUUCAUGACAAUUAUUGAACCAAGCAUGGAAACAAUAAUGAAAGUUGAUAUAUUAUCUGGUCUGGAUGCUGUUUUUCAACAAAAAGUUCUAAAAGACAUGGAAGCUGAUGUAGAAGGUCAGGAACUUGACAAAUAUGCUCUUGAACUUGAGGAAGCUGGCCUAGCAGUCUCUGCAGCAUCAAGGCUACUAACCAAACUUCUUGAGUCUGAGCAGUUUUGCCAAAAAGUAGAUUCGGACCAUUUCACUAAAUUACUCUGCAAAAUCCUCAAGUCAGAUAUCCCUCUUCACAGCAAAGAUUGGGUUGCUGCUUGCCUUGUUAAACUGAGCUCUUUUUCUGGUUCUAAUGUAGAUUUUGAGAACCCAGUCAACAUGGAGGUAACUCUUUAUGAGACAAUCCCAAGACUUUUAGAGCAGAUAAAAUUGUGUCUUUCUCCAGAAGCACAGGAAGCUGCUGUUGUUGAACUUAACAGAAUAAUUUCUGAAGGGGUGGUGGAUUCGACUCGAGCUGUUGCAUCUGAGGGGGGUAUAUUUCCACUGGUGAAGCUUAUUGAAGAAGGGAGUGAGAGGGCGGUCGAAGCAGCCUUAUCAAUACUGUAUAAUCUGAGCAUGGACAGUGAGAAUCAUUCAGCAAUCAUAGCUGCUGGAGCAGUGCCAGCAUUAAGGAGGAUUGUUUUAUCUCAAAGAUCACAUUGGACACGCGCACUUCGUCUACUGAGGAAUCUGCCGGUAUGAUGGCAAGACUGAGUAUUAGGUUCUCUGGGCCAUUGUACAUAUCUUGUAUAUCAUUUUUGUUCUAUUCUGGAGCCAGUUAAAUUGAAGUUUUAAAAAUCACAUUGGUGUAAUUUACAUUGGAAGCCCAUAUUGUCUAUGUGACAAGUUUUGUGCUCAAUUCCUUGCCAUUUAUCCCACUCCAUUUGGACUUGAAACUCAUGUCGAUCUCUUGAAAGCCCUUGAUGGUAAAUAGAUUUCGUCCUCAAGAAAUCAACUGAUUGCUGCGCUACCAAAGCAGCAAAUAUUUACAUUUGUAAGCUAUAUAUGACA